UAGUGGAAAAGCCUUGUCGACGCACUUGGCGUAGGAAUUAACUUUUUAGGCUUUCCACUCUUGGACCAAGCAUCAUCCUUCUUGCCAACGUCGAUAUCCACGCCAUUACAAUUCAGCACGAUUCCACAGACGCACAGCACGACACUGCUAGUAGCAUGCCGCGCAGGUCGGUUACGAGAAGGCUGUAUCGCGCAGCUUCCGCGUCGCUCAACACAUUACGGUCGGCGAAAAUGAAGAGUCUGUUUGUCUUGCUGGCACUCCUGGCAUGUUUGCCGCCACGGGUUCUUGGCGCUUGCAUAUCCUGCCCUGCUACCCCGGAUUGUCUAAAUACUUGCGGUGGAAACGAACAGGUGUGUGUUUAUGUGACCCGUCAGACAUGCGACCAAUGCCCGCAAGCAGAGUGCAGGACAUCCUCAGCAGAAUUGUUUGCGAAUCCCGUCUUUCCGCGCCCAAACUGGACACCGGAUGCGGCUUUGCCGCCAGCAGACAUCACGACUGUCUUCCCAACCCCAGCGGUUCCGAGCAAACUCAUGGCUUCCGCUCUUGAAGUCCAGGCCGGCCCUGGAAACUCCUCUCCGACCGCUGAUGGUAGCUCAGGACCAGUGGUGUCGGUCGGCAACACUGGAAAGUCAGGGGAAUCACCAUCGCAGAGUAUCUUUGGCAAGGUUCCAAUCCCAAUCCUGAUCGCAGGAGUGGCGGGAGUGGGUGUACUAUCCGUGGGGGCAUUCGCGUUUACGCUCCGUCGUCGCUCUCGCAUCCGAAAGGCGCAGGCCGCCAGAGGGCUCGAGAAGGCGGCAAUCCCGGUUCUACGUCCCGUCGGCUCGUUUUCGACGGGACACGAAAUCAUGGAUGAGUUCGGCUCCGCCUCGUCAUGGCGGUCCUCGCACAGCACGUCACCGCACAGCCAUGUGGCGAAUGUCUUCCCUCAAAGAGCCGCCUCUCGUUCGUCUCAUCGCGACCCUGCACGUCUGGCCCUCUCACUGGCCCCGACAGAAGCCGAUCGGCCACCGUACCAGAGCAAGCCGGAGACGAUGGCGACAUAUUCUCCAAUCUCCGAACCGUUGCGCUACUCCUCUUCCUCUUCCGCACCCACAAUACGCGAUCCAUCUGAAGACCUGUCCGACAUGGAAACCGCGGACUACUCUCGGCGUUCAUCUUUGCUAUCCCCAAAAGCGCAACGCCGGUCUUAUCUUCGGUUCUCAAGCGCUCCGCCCAAAGAGUCACCCUUGUCGAUGAGCGUCAAACGCCAAUCAGCAAGCAGCCUCAUAUCCAUGUAUUCGGAGUCGGUUAUCGGAGACCCCACACUACCUGCGAGCACAACAUACGAGGAUAAGCGCGGCUCCACCGCAUCGUGGAUGGCGAGUAGUCAGGACUCCAGGCGGUUCUUCUAUGCCGGUUCCCCGACUAGCACCGUUUUUGGCCGAUGAGUGUAGAAACGACUGGCGGUGUGU